AUGCUAAAACGCGCCGGAUCCAACGGCGAUGAACCUUCCCAAAAGCGCCUCAGAACUGAUCAAGGGAAUUCGACAGCACCAUCGGCACUGACGGAUAAUCGUGCAUGGGCAUUUAUGGAACAGUUCCUCAUGACCACGAUGACGUACUCAGAGAUGGAGGACGCGUUUUACAUGUACCUGGGCGAUCGGUACUCUCCAGAUGACUGGGCGGAAGCCAGAGAUGCGUUAUGGUCCGAUCUGCAUCGAGGACGGUCGGUCGCUUGUCAAUCUCACGCGUUCGACGAUCACAAAAACAACGCAAAAAAGUUUCUUCUUCUUGAGGCUUCAGAAGAUGACGAUGAGGAUGAGGAACGGGAGGAGGAUGAAGCAGAAGAUGUCGAUCAUCGUGGUGGAACGUCUGCGCGGUCGCCGCCGACCAUGCGAUUGCCAGGAACGUCGGCAAAAGAGAGAUUGGCUGCAACUAUUGCAGACAUGGUCAUCAGGUUUGAAGAGAAUCCAUCGCACUCAUCACAAGGUCGCCAGGGCGUCACCCACAGAGACACCUCGUUUUCUGACGCAAUCGUGUCAGCCUCAGGCCAAAUGCAGCCAGCUGACAAAAGGAUGUAUCUGCUUCAUGUACAAAGAGCUUCCACUGAAUAUAUCGCCGAACAUCUUCGGAGGCAACAACUUCCUGUUACCGUCUCACCUUGGGUAGCAGGCCAGCUUUAUGUGGUGACUGAUUCCUUCAAGUCCAUUGUCAACUCAAUUCCUGCAUCACAUACUCUCGCCCUAAAGGAGUGUCUUCGCAUCACGGAGGCAGAACGUGAAGCAGUUGAACGUUCACGCUCCGAACUUCCCAACCAGGCGUGGGUGAGGAUCAGGGACGGGAAGUACAAGGGUGAUAUCGCCCAAGUCUUCAAUCCUAGUCUCCCAAAUGGUCUUGUCGCAGUCUUAAUUGCUUCACGGAACCUCCCCUAUCCCGUGCCUCGAAGAUCUCAAGCGCUGCUCGAGCGAUCUCGCCUUCCGAAUUCCAAGGCGGUGUCUGAUAUACUUCGUGAUGGCGCAGUAGUAGGACUAAUGUACAAAGGAGAAACUCGGUUCCUGCGUGUGGGGGAUUAUGCGAGGGUCAUCCAAGGUUCUCUUCGUGGAGAGCUCGGCAAGAUCGUCUCGAUUGACCAUACUUGCGAUUCUGUUGGUUUGGAAUUGACCUUUCAUGGAGGUUUGGAAGACAUAGAACUUCCACUCCAGGACUUAGAGCGCGUCUUCCGGGUCGGCGACUCUGUUAGAGUUGUAGCUGGUUCGUUCUUGGGUUUAGAAGGAUACAUCAUCCAAAUGGAUGAGGACAUUUUUCGCAUUUGUCAAGCGGUCUCCAAGGAAGAGCUACCAACGCAGCAAUAUUUCGAGCCUUCCCCUGACUCCGAAUCUAUUGAAAUCGGGGAUAACAUACGAGUUGGGGACGGACCACAUGCGGGAAAGUUUGGCAUCGUGACCUGGAUUACUAGUGGAUCAACUUAUCUGUGGUUCCGCGAUGUCUGCACUCAGGACGACACGGAGUCCAGUGGUGAACUAUCGAGUAUCUCAGUUCCCACAGCAUUUGUUCAGCGGACGAACCUCACCCACACACUUCAAUACACGAAGGAAAGGGGUUAUGACGUCAGGCCAGGAGACGUCGUGAGUGUUGUCCGUGGGCCAGAAUAUGAAGCAAAAGGGUUCGUGCAUAGCGUCGACUUUCCAAACGCUCGGUUGACCCUGGUAUCUGACGGUGACCGCUCGCUCGUCGAUGUUCCAAUGAGAUUCGUGGCAAAAAUUCGCAAUGCCAGCUUGGAUGCGUUUCGCAACGAUAUUGGCCAAGAAGUCUUCAUUAUCGGGGGCUACCAGAAGGGCUAUCGAGCCACACUGUGCGAUCUCACCUCCGAGAAUUGCACCGUUACUGUGCAUGGGCAGCGGCGCACCACGGUUAAACUCCCAGACGUCGUCACUAAGUAUGGAAUGAGGCUAAACGGGGCGAUGCUCGAAGGCGCCGAGUUCAUCUCGUUCUGUGACAUGCGGAAACGAUCGUUCCAAGCACUACCACCUCGAAGCAUCACCCCGCCUGUCGAAGAUGUUCCCGCUUCCACCAUAAAUCCCACCCCGCUGAUCGAAGAUGUUCCCGCUUCCACCGUAAAUCACACCCCGCCUGUCGAAGAUGUUCCCGCUUCCACCAUACAUCCCACCCCGCCUGUCGAAGAUGUUCCCGCUUCCACCAUAAAUCCCACCCCGCCUGUCGAAGAUGUUCCCGCUUCCACCAUAGAUCCCACCCCAUCUUUAUCUAGCGCGUGGUCCACUUGGUCCGCAAGGCCAGAGAACACUGAUAUGACGCAUAACCCGACGUCGAGCGUCAAUCCCAGCCCAUCGACAAACGACCCCUGGACUGUCGAUAAGCAAGACAUCCAACAGAGCAAUGACGCCAGAGUGUGCAAACCGCGAGACAGCACCCCAAUCCCUUGGUUAAUGAGCAAGGAGUUUGCCUCGAAGCUCUUCACAUAUCAUGUGGUGUUGAAGGUCUCCCCGAAAUUCGAAGGAGGAUGGCUAGCCAAGCGAUUUGUAUCAACAGCUUGUCCUGACCCCUUCUGUGGAGAGAAUGGACCCGCACCUGAGGAUUGUGUCGCAGUAUUCUGCACAUCUAAUCACACGGGCGCCAAACUCCAACACCGUCAUAUCCCUGCCCAGGAUCUCAGCCCGGCCCCACCACGCAAAAAACACCAACAGUGUCUUGUUCUGGACGGGACUCAUCGCGGACUUAUUGUAACUAUAUCAAAGUGUAGCUCCGCGAAUCGUACUAUCGAGUUCAUCAUUGCGGGUACCGUUACCUCAACUCUACGUUUCGAUCAGAUAUGUCUAGUGGAACCCUCAAAACAUGGGAUAUAA